CAUCUCACUUUUCCCUCGUCGUGUAAGGCAACGACGAGCGGCAGCCCACCGCCACCACCACCUCCUCCUCCUCCUUCUCCGCCGCUUCUUGACCUCACCUCCAUUAUUUUAUACUUCUUCUCCUCUUCCUGCUUCUUUCUCCCCCUCAAGUCUCUCUUAAUUUCAUGCGAUUGUCGAUUUCACCGUUGAAUUCCACCAAUUGACAGUUCUUGUAGAAUGGCGUGAGGAAAGCCGCAAAAGAUAGGGGUGUGAACCAAGGAGAGGGUUAAUGGAGACGAGAAUGAGGAGGUACGCGCCUCAAGCCAGCCCGGAACGUACCAAAGUGUGGACGGAACCGCCGCAGAAGCACCACCACCACACGCAGGAGCGCCACCAGGGCGGGAGGAUUCCGGUGGUCUAUUACCUCUACCGGAAUUUCCAUCUCGAGCACCCGCACUUCAUUGAAGUUCCCAUCUCCUCACCCGAGGGACUCUACCUCAGAGAUGUGAUCGAGAGGCUUAAUGUUCUGAGAGGGAAGAAGAUGGCCGCCAUGUAUUCGUGGUCUUGCAAAAGGAGCUACAAGAAUGGAUUCGUGUGGCAUGAUCUCUCCGAGGACGAUCUGAUCCUGCCGGCGCAGGGGAAUGAGUAUGUGCUCAAAGGUUCCGAGAUUGUGGAUCAAACUCCUCCAGAUCGGAACAAUCACGGGAAUCUGAAGCAUCCUCCUCAGGAUCCAUCGCCAAGCAAUUAUAAGGGCCUAGAGGCUUCUUGUUCUCCAUCUUCUUCAGCCUUCGCAAUCAAGGAGACAAAGCUUCCCCCAGUAUCACCUAAACAUCCCUCAGCUCCCCCUUCUAUGCAAGAAGCUGAGUUAUUCCUCUCGACUCAUAGAUUGGGUUCCUUGGGGAAUUUUUCGCCUGAGCCUGGUGGUAGAAGUGCCCCACCUUCAGUGGCAGGAUCCCCAAAUCCAUCCGAGUACAAAAUCUCCAAGCCCCUGGUUGGAUCUCAGGAUGCUUCAACCCAAACUGAGGAUGGAGAGGUACCAAGAACCCGUAAAGUGCGAAAUGCUGGUGCCUCUAUCAGUGAUAGUUCUCCACUAAAUGGCUGCAAUGAGCAGGCUCUGCGUUUGAAGAGGGAACCUGAGAUUGUUAUAGCAGGGAGAUCAUCAGCAACAACAAUUUCAAGUGAUACUUCUUCUGGGAGGAUGAAUACGUUAGAGUCGUUGAUGCAAGAUGAAGUGAACAGGAGGAAUAAUCUUAGUGUUCUGGAAGGCGAAGAAGUUUUCCACCCAAGUGGGCCAAAAUUUAAAGCCGCAAGUAUGCUUAUGCACCUGAUCACUUGUGGGUCGACCACUGUUAAGAACCACUAUGGCUUUGGAUUUGCGCCAAUCUAUAGACCAAGGUUCACCGACGGAAACUUUACCUCGCCAUUGUCUGCCAAUUCACUUGCUAUGGGUGAGAUAAACUGCAUUGCAGAGAGCCAAAGAGAAAUAGGCAAGGGGCUAAAGCAGAAUGAAAGUUUUGGAAGGAGCAUUAUUGAAACAAAGUACAAAGAAGAAAUUAGCGGACAUCCUAGUGUAAAACAAUCCUCUUCAAUUGGUGAAAACAGAAUUCUCAAUAUGUCUUAUUCCACAAGAGAUAGUAUUAGGGAAGUUGAUUCAUCUCUGUCUAAGUUUCUCCCUAAGACUAUCAAACUCGCAAGUUCCAAGCAUUCAAGGAAUGAUCGGAAUGAAUCAACAGCGAUCCCAGUUUCAGAUACAAGAACAUCUUCUGCCACACCAGAUAUUUGCAAAUCCUCGCCAUUCAGUUCAUCGAAUGGGGGAAGCAAACGGAUUAUUGGUAGUUCCUUGGUGAAUGAAACAUCUGCUAGGUUAGAUACAUUUGAAAACAAGAUUCCUUCUCAAGAGAAAGUGAUCAAAAUUGAAGAAAGGCUUACUUCAGGAGCUCGUGUUAUCAUCCAAUCUGGAUCUCGAAGUGACGACAGCGAAGGUGGUUCUGAUUGACAACAGGAUCCACUACCGUCAUCUCUCUAAUUUGGCAAUCAGUUAUGUUCUUAACUGUUGUAGUUGGAAGGAAGACAAUCUACGGCUUUCAAUGUUGUUCCUUUUCCACUUAAUUCUAGUUGUUCUAAGUUUCCUUCCUUUGCAAACUCUUGAAAGGAACUUAAUAGUUCCCUGCCUGAAAAGAAAUCUUGUUCUUCCAUAAAUGUCUUUUUGACUUUUAAGCCUCCCUGAUUGCACGAUUACCCGAGAAGAACAAUGCAUUGUGUAUCGACAAGCCAAGUUUCCACUCAGUUUACGAUGGUUGAAGAAUGAAGAACAAGCUGCUCCAAGUGACAACACUGUUUAUGAUAUUUUGUACAGAUGUAAAAACUACAAAGGCGGUUGUAAUCUUUUGACCAUUUAUAUCAAGGGAUAAUUCUAGAGUUA